AGAGCUGUGACUGUUCAGCCAGGAGCUUGAGCUCUUAAAUCUAACUCCAUAAGAGGACAGGACAGGACUCUGCACACUUCUGCAAGCAGACAACACACACUGACGAGGAAGAUUUCAAAACAGCAGCAAUGAAGACAACACUGGCAACUCUGACACUCUGCCUGGUGGCGCUCAUGGCCACAGGUUUCCCCUUUGAGAGGAAAGGUGGUUCUUCGUCCGGCGGUGCUGCCAAGGAGAAGCGUGUACAGUAUGCAGCGUGGGAUGACGUAAAUGUCAUUGCCCAUGGUCUGCUGCAGCUUGGUCAGGGGCUGAAGGAGCAUGUGGACAAAACCAAAGUCCAGAUGAGGGACAUUGCCACCAAGCUUAAGGUCUUCAAUCGCACCAUGACAGAGUUUGGGAAGGAAAGCCAGAAGCUCCAGCAGGAAGGAGAGGCCCUGAAGGCUCGAGCCCGGGGGCUGGAGGACAGAGAGGGGCAGCUGCUCAAUGUCACGGCUGAAAUGAGGGAAAAGACAGAGGAGAUCCAGCAGGAGAGGAGGACAAUGGGGGAGAGGAUAAGCCGGCUGGAGGAGAGGGUGAACAGCAUGCUGCAAGGAGACGGGGUUCUGCCUGACAUGAACGCCGGCAAUAAGAACAGCAGUGAUGCUCGCAACAUCCAGAUGUUGCUGGAGGCUCAGAACAGACGCAUCGAUGAUCUGAUGGAGAGGAUCAGACUGCAGCAGGAGAAGCUUGACAAGCAAAAUGUGCGCAUCAGAACCCUGCAAAGUCAAAUCCAACAGUCAAGACUGAGACCCUCCCCUCGUAGCAGCAGUACUGACGCUUCCGCGCAAAGCAGCAUUGUAGAGCAACGGGAUGCACCAGCCGAAAUGCCAUCAGACUGUCAUGAGCUGUUCUUGAGAGGUCAAACCACCAGUGGAGUCUACACCAUCCAGCCAAUAAACGCAGAACCUUUUAAAGUCUACUGCGAGAUGACAGCUGAUGGUGGAUGGACAGUGAUCCAAAGGCGCCAGGACGGCUCAGUGGACUUCGACCAGCAGUGGCAGGCCUACGAAAAAGGCUUUGGCACUCUCAAUGGAGAGUUCUGGUUGGGUCUAGAGAAGAUGUACUCCAUUGCCAAAGAUGGCGGUUACAUCCUUAACAUCAAGCUUUCCGACUGGAGCGGUGACGUGGCAUCUAUUCGCCUCCCAUUCCGUUUGGGCGGAGAGGACACCAAAUACUCACUCCACAUUAAGGAGGAAGGCACCUUCAGCCCUCUGGAGAGUUCCCUCGGCACCGACGCCAGCUCCGGCCUGCCGUUUUCCACCCACGACCAGGACAAUGACCGUAAAAGCGACACUAACUGCGCCAAACAUCUCUCUGGUGGAUGGUGGUUCAGUAACUGCGGUCACUCCAACCUGAAUGGCAGAUACUUCCAGAGCCCCCCACCCAAGCAGAGGCAUCAGAGGAAACAAGGGAUCUUCUGGAAGACCUGGAGGGGCCGCUAUUACCCUCUGAAGUCCAGCAAGAUGAUGAUCGCCCCUGCUGCGAUUGAGAACAAGUCGUAAAGACUGUAGAAAUAUGAGAAAAACUAAAAACCAGACAGAGAGAGAGGGAGAAAGAAGUACAUUUUGGACUGUUCUUUCUAUUCUUGAAGCUCGGUUUAUGAGGUUUCCAUUUCCGUUGUUGCCUCCAUUUGAGGAAGACUUUAAACCAGAGCCAAGGCCCUCGAACUGAAACGAAACGAGCUCAUACUGGAAUGAGUUCAAUGUUUCCACUGCUCUGAAAGAUGAGCUGAUUCCUUCCUCCAUAGCCACAGAGGGAGAAGCAGAAAAAAAAAACCCACAGAAAUAUGAACACAUAUUGUACAAUGCACAGUGGAAAAUGUUUUAUAUGUUGUACUUUUCACCUGUUUCCUUCUGUUGGCACGAAGCAGGAGCCAUUAUCCAGGGGAUCGUCUCAGAGCGAGCCCUGACCUGCCCUCAGCGCUUUAAGCCACGAAACAUUUCCAACAAGUCAAGUCUCAUCACCAGACGUGCGGCGUCGACUGCACAUUGUUGAGUUUAGACGCGGUUUUGCAGCUCAAAAACAUAGGAGCUUUGAUUAUUUUUUAAAGAUGUAGCAGUGAAAUGUAAGGCGAUUUAAAUGAGCUUUUUAAAGCCAGUGGUGCGGACCAAAUGGUGACUUAAAUACAGCCAUUAUGUAAAAAUAUAAAUCACUGUAAAGUAAAAAUACAAUGCAGGAAGUGUGUUAAAACCAAGUGAUCACAGGGCGCUGAAAACAAGUCCCGCCUUUUUUUUUUUUACUUCAUAUUUUCUGCCUGCAACUAUGAAUCGCAUUACCAACUUCACUAACUUUAAGUUUUCCGUGGAGAUUUUGAAAGUUGUUGAGUCAUAUUGACUUAUUUUAAGACCAGAGGCGUUGUUUUGUACAUCAGUCUGUCAUUUUGGAACUGUUACUGAAUGUUUGUGAUAUUAUCUGUGUCCUUGUGACUUGAGAGUUUGUUAUUGUAAACGUUCCCUUUUCUUAUUUAAAUACUGUAAAGAAUCAAUUUAUAUAUUUCUGGUGCUGCCUGCUUGUAAUUUAUAUUGUCUUUGAUGUGUUUACUGGAUGUAAAAAAAAAAAAAAA